AUGAGUGAGGCAAAGAAAGGAGAGCUGGCCAUUCGGGAUAGAGCCAUUCUACACCAGCAAAGGAGACUCAAACAAGCCACCCAGUUCACUCACAAGGACUCCGCUGACCUCCUGCCACUGGAUGGGCUCAAGCGCCUGGGGACCUCUAAGGACUUGCAACCUCAUAGCAUUGUCCAGCGGCGCUUACUGGAGGGAAACAUCACAAGGUUUAAGGCGGACGCUCGGGACCCCAAUGCCAUGGUCCGAUCCCCUCUGGCUGACACCAAUGACAAACCCACCCCUGAUUCAGAGGAGCGCAGCGAGAGCACUGCUGAUGACUCAACCGAAGAGCGGGAGUCUCUGGAGGAGAGCGAGAAAAGCCUGCGCUCAGACGAAGAAGACGAGUGCAGUGAAGCCGGGGCCAAGCAGAGCGUAGAGAAAAGUGCACUAACUAACCUGCAGGUCCAGUGCAAGUGCUGUGACAGUGACGUCCGGGUCUCCAUCAACACUGGCAGCCAACACAACCACAUCUCCAGCUCCUGCUGCCAGCGGCUCGGACUGGUGUCUGAUAAAGAUGGCUCCUCAGUCACAGGCCUGAGGCUACAGAUGGGCUCCGAGACGCUUCAGUGUUCGGCUUUUCUACAAGAUGACAAGACAUUUGAGCUGUGCCUUGGUCUCCAGACUCUUUUGGAACUUAAAUGCUGCUUGGACCUGGACAGAAGAGUGUUGAAGCUGGCGGGCUGCAGUGAAGAGCUGCCUUUCCUUCACAUCUCAUUCGAAGCUCCGCAGAAACACGACUCCAACAAAAACCUGUGA